ACUGUAUUGACGCGUUAUACCGUCCUCCUUUCGACGUCCAUGUUCCCCACUUUCCUAUCUUUUAUUCCUUAAAUUAAAUCCAACGAAAUCAUUUGACUGUUGGAAGCACGACUCGAAACGACCUGCAUCGUCACGGACGGAAACAGCAUUAUUUCCUCACCAAAACUUCAUCUUACACCGGAAUAAUCUCGAAAAUAAUUUCGAAACAUGGCCUUGCGACGGGGUGGUCCGUCUUCCAGCUCACUGACCCCUCAGGAUCAAUCUUCACCAUCGGGUGGCUCAUCUGCCGCCAACUUUGGUCUCCCUCGAUCCACCUCUCCCUCGGGAGGCUUCCUCACUUCAUUAACAAGACCUUCCAAAUGGUUCGGUCGAAGUGCCUCGAACCCAAAGAUGACUGCCACUACAUCUGUAGAGCCUAGGGCCAGUAGCUCAUCUGGAAGGAAACACAAAAUCUCGCGUCCAACAGACCCACGCCCGAUUUUAGAUUCAUAUGGGGGUUCGAAUGGGGCCAGGUCUGUGUUGGAUUUGUCUGUUCGACCUCCAAAUUCCCUAGACCUUUCCUCUUCCUUGAAUGCUCCUCCUAGUCAAACUAAUAGCCCAUCGACAUCUCAACCUUCUAUGGGUGGCUUGGGCGAUUUGAGAAACAUUUCCAAACGUGCAUGGUCGCGAUCGGCCGACGACUUGGGCAAAUUGGAUUCGCCUACCUUGCAAGGGCAUAGGUCAUCUUUUGAAGAGAAGGUUGCCAAGUAUCGCAGUAGAAGUAACAGCAACACUGGUGCACUGUCUCCUUCUGGUCCUCUAGUUUCUGCCGCUGCAUUUUCCGGUGGCGCUCAACCAUUUCCCACAUUCAAAUCAGCAACAACUCCUCCUUCAACGUCCCCACCAAAGGCGUCCCACAUGCCUUCGGUCGUAUCAAUCUCAGUCUCAGCUCCUGCUGUGGAUGAAGCAACAGCAAUCGCCAGGAACUCACCUCCCGCAAAUCAUGUCCAUACACGUUCGCACUCUUUCACUCCUAAGCUUGCCGCCAAAUUGUCUGCCCCUCGUUUUCCUUCCAGCCCCAAACGAAAAGAUUCCGCUGGUUCGGAAGUGGAACAACUGCCUACACCUACUCGUGCCAAUUUCUUUGCCUCUGCUAGCAAGGCGAUGGAGUUGAGUAAAGCUACUCCCCAACAAGUUCAUCGUCAGACAACGUUGUUGUCUCCUCCUACGAUCGUCGAACCAGAGGGUAGCGAAGACGCUACUGGCACGGUCGAUACUAAGCGGUCAUCACAGAUUGUUUACAACAGUGGCUUCCUCAAUCGUCUUGCCGAUGUGCCCGCAAAUCCUCACCACGCCAAUCUCUCGAAUACCAAGGGUUGGAAGCCUUUCAAGGUCGAACUAAAGGGAUCCAAGUUGUUUUUCUACAAGCCGCCUAGCGAUCGGAGUGCUGCUGCAAAGGAUUUAUUCCCUGUUGAAUUGGUUCCUCCAAGCCCGGACGAUGCUGAUGAAGACACAGACAAGGAAAAGGAUGAGCCUUUUGCAAACAUAGGGGGUGGUGCACGGCUACGAGUUGGUGGCAGGAAAGAUGACAGUUUAGCGAUGCGCAAGAAGCGGGCAUUUUGGGGAAGGCGAACUCACCCUGACCUGAUGAGAAACCAAAGCGGAAGGAUCGAAAAAGGGACUUUUGAAGCUAUGACCCACGAGGCCGUCUUUGGGACGACUUUCCUGAAUGAAGAGUCACAAGAAGAACAAAAGGAAGGGAAGAGCAGCGUUCAGUUGGAAUCAUGGAAAGACUUUGCUUCGUCUAUUCUGCUUUCCAUGCCAUAUCUCGUUGAUCACACAAAAUUCGAAACGGAAUUCAAGAGAUGUUGCGAAUACCUGGUCAGCGGCGCCGACGGCGAUGAGAAGAAGUCAGAUCAAGCCAGGGUGGCUUGGUUGGCCGGAGAAUACCUCAGGUUCCACGGUCGACCUAUCGAUUUUCCAGACUGGGAAGAUUGGAAGGUUGAGACGACCCUAACAUCCGUGUUUGCACCACCCACUCUGCCUAACUCAGCAUCGGUACAAGGAUUAUUCAAUCCCACUCCGAAUGCAUCGCCCGAUCUCGGCGCUUUUUCACCCAGACCCGAGGAUUCGAAGCUGGCGUCAUUGAUGGACACGCUUGGUGUUCAUAAUUCGCCUGGGUCACCGAUACCGAGGAACUACUUCGAUGUUAAGCAAGUGGAUGCGUGCCAUCGCGGUCAAUCUCCUCUUCAAUCCCCUUUCACAUCCUCUCAUAUUCCACCAUGGUUAAAUGCCCUCGACCGCGAAGGUCUUUCCAGAAACCUGUUACUUUCUAUUGAUACCCAAGUCUUGGCACAAAGCCUUCGUUUUUUCCACUCUCAUGUUUUCCACCAAAUUCCGGACAAUUUCACGGCCGAUUUCUUGCUAAGUUCUCCCCUACCUUCAAACAACCCAUCAUCACAACCACAGCCAUCUCCAGUAUCCUCUGCCCUCUUCGGCUCUGCUGAACAUCCUCACUGGUUGACCAAGCUUGUGUUAAUGCAGAUCUUGGUGACGGAGUCUCAGUACAAUGCUUCUCCAUCUAACAACACCAUCCCAAUGUCCUCACCUGGCCGCUCCGAAGAUAGAGCUGCUCAGUCUUCCAGGACCCAUUCACGAUCCGAAGUCAUAUCGACCUGGGUCAGAGUCGGUGAAUAUUGUCGUGUCAGUGGAGAUGAGUGCUCCUGGCGCGCCAUCAUGAGCGCGAUCUGUUCACCCCCCGUUGCUCGAUUAGAGAAAGCUUGGAAAAGAGUUGAUCCAGAUGCGACAUCGACAGUGGAGUCUUGGACUCAGGUGACCAGUGAUGGGGAGACUGUCGGCGUUAUCGAACCCAAAGUUACUCCUUGGGGCGGUGACAUCAAGAAUGUGAUACAGGAAGAGCUCACCAAAGCUUCUGGCAAGACUGGAGAAAUAUUCAGUGCGGAUUCAAUCUUCAAGAUUCGAGCUCAUUUCGAACAAUAUCGAACGUCAUUUUCUCUGUGCCGCCGGAAGGUUUUACUUGACGAGGAAGUAGGAGAAGAUAUUCGGAAUCUCGUGGCCUAUUGGGGGGAUAUGUUCGGGGACGUGCGCACUACUGGCCUUGCAGUCAAAUUCCACCGUGUGGAUCAGUUCAUGUCGCUAUCGCUCGCUGCUGAACCUCGUCGCAAAGGACUAUAUGAAGCCUUCUUUUGGUCGAGAUCCUCUUCACACCCUCAAUCCACCUCCUCUCUCCUUCCAUUGCUAUUUCCCGAACCAUUACCCACCAUCACUCUUAUCGAUAGGUCUCAACUAUUGAGAGGUCGCGUUGACAGUGACGCUCCAGAUAUUCAGCACCUCCGUGCAGUCGAUGGGCAUCUCCGUCCAGAAGAUCGCUCACUUUCCGACCGUAGCGAUGCCUCCAGUCCAUUCUCCAUGCUCAGCAGAGGUGGAACUGUCAUACCGGUAUUCAAUGGCGAACUCCUCUUGGUGGUUCAUAAUUCUGUUGUAGAGUCUACUUCAGAUUCUCGUCCUUCAUCUCUCGUGCGUUCGAGACCUCCAUCGGGGGUUUUCGAGCAACCAGGUACUUCGGAAAGACCUUCCAUCGGGCGUACACCAUCCAUUCGCGUGAAGCCAGGUUCCUCGCACGGUCUGGAUCGAAAGGCGAGCCUUGCGCGUCGGAACUCUCUCCCCUCCCUAUCUCAAAGACAACCUAUGGUUGUCUCAGAAACAUCGGCGGAUCCACCUCUACGUGUACUCGUCCAGUCCGGAACGCUCGAUCGAUUGGUCGAUAUUCUUAUUCACGGUCUUAAUAACGUCUCGGUUUCUGUUGCAGAUGAUAAUGGCGAGAUGUCUCUUCGCGAGGGUAGCCGUGAGUUGAUGCUUGACCACAAGGAGUUUUCUCGAAUAUGGUGGAAUGUUUUCCGUAGCUUCGUGACCCCAUUGAUAUUCUUUGAGUUACUCAGGAAGGCUUACCUCAAAGCCCAAUCCGUUGGCUCAGAACCGUCUGUUGAAGAUUACUUGGAAGUGCUGAACGCAAGACUCAGAGUAAUCGAGACCUUGAAAACAUGGUUGAACAAGGGUAAUGGCGCUCAAGACCUAUUGGACGAUGGUCAAUUACUCUCAGCUUUGCGGUCGUUUAUGCAAAGCCCUACAGAUCACCUAAUCUACUUUUCUUCCGUCUUCGAGGAUCCUACUGUACAGCAAGCCCGAGACAGCCUGAUCGAAAGUAGGAUGGCUCUAAAACGCCUCAUACAUUCUCAAAUCCUUCGGCCGCAUUACCAGAGACCUCAGCAUCUCAUUAGGACAAGAUUGACGGCCAACGAUCCGCGGCUGCGAAAUCUGAGUACUCGGGAGCCUCCCGAUAUCGAUAAAAUGAGUCCCGAAGAGCUUGUAGACAACCUGGAUGGCAUGGCGUUCGCCACCUUCAGCAAUGUAACAGAAGAGGACCUUUACAUCACCGCGGAUCUUCUUGAAACUCAGAGCGCUGAUAGAACUGGCUGGUUCUUAUCAAAAGAGGAAACGUCUACCGAGGAUACGGUCGAGAUACAAAACAUUGGGAUGUACCUCCAAGAGGUCGAAACAUCUUCUUUGAUCUCUGAAAUAUCCACAGAUUACAUAUAUCGCUUACUUCCUCCCGGAAUACGGAACUGUAUGCGGGCCUUCCACGUCAUCAAAAAGUGGAUCAUAUCCAAAAUCGUUGCCCCCAAGAUUGGCCUUCGGACAAGGCAAGCCCGUAUGGAGACCCUACUUCGAGCUCUGGAGGUUACGAGGAUUCGUAAUUUGGACGGUCCUAUCCCUCGGGUGUUUGAGCAGCCAUGUGUGCGCUCAUUCGUCGAGGCCGUCAUAACAGCUGCCAUCGUCACUCCUUAUAGCCGUCUGCACCAAAAGGCUUGGCAUAACGUAGCUUUGAACCGCAAUUCUCAAUGCGAUUCACUCACCUCGCUUCUUUCGAAACCCAGAAUAAGGUCGCUUUCGUCCAUGGAACCUUUGACUGUCGAUAUGGGCUGGUUAAUCGAGCGAAUAUUGGAUGUUAUUGCAAUGCCAGAUACGGUCGAGGCUGUGAGCUUGGAGGGUCAAAAUCUUAUCAAUUUCGACAAGCGGCGGCAUUUGUCCAACUUUGUUGCUAAUGCACCCUCUCUGAUGUCUAGGAGAUUCACCCAACAAGGCGACAUCAAUAGGCGUGGCAUCGAUCGACUAAUGAAUAUCGAACGAGAAGUUACACCUUUAUCUUUCGAUCUUCGCAACAUCAAAGAGGAGGCAUAUAGAGAAGGCUUGACGUCUAGUACGAGCACAACUAGUUCAAGUAAGAAACCCACGCGUCCUUUCCAGAGAUUAGUGUUACUGCAGUUGGAGAAGAGCCGGAGGGACAAAAAUCUUCGAAUACGCCUUCAGAAGGAGAAGAUCCAAGAACAAAGUCGCCAGGAAAAGCGGGAUGAGCUCAUCAACAAGGCUAUGCGCGGGCGAAGGGCAUCCGCCGUGGCUCAAAAGCAGCAUCGUAACAAAAAGAGCAUGUCAGCCCUCUUCCACUUUAUUCGCCCGAUAUCGAGUGCUUUCGGAGGCGCUGAAAUCCCACACGUCCCCGCACUCAAGAGAACUGUAUCGGAACUCGAUUUUGUACCGGGUGGGAAACCAUCUUUGGUGCUCAGUUUGAUGGAUUCUCGUGUCGCUCAGUUCAUCAACAACGAACGGUCUUUCACUUUCCAACUCGACACGGAGGACGGCGGACAUUACAUACUCCAGGCCAUCAACAGACGAGAUAUGACAAAAUGGAUCGAUGUCAUUACUCGCAUAUCUAACAUUGCUGCCAAACGCCGGCUCACAUACAUAGGUUCUCCGAAGCCUCAAGUUGCGGACCAUAUCCAAACGCAAUCUUCAACGUCAACGAGGGAUCCUCUUGCCGUAUUCGGGGUCGACCUGAAUUUCUUGCUUGAGCGAGAGGCUAAUGGAGGGUCAGUGGCUCCUGGGACCAUACCUUCAGUCGUUCAGAGGUGUCUGGUGGAAGUAGAAUCUCGAGGUUUGACGGAAGUCGGGAUCUAUCGUAUGGCGGGUGCUACUUUGGAGAUUGCGGCCUUGAAAGAGGCUCUCAAUCGAGGUGAAUGUCCAAUCCUACCAACAACAGAUAUUCACGCGAUAUGUGACCUUAUCAAAUCGUGGUUCCGUGUACUACCCGACCCCAUAUUCCCUGCCUCCUCAUAUCACGAUGUUAUCACUGCUAUGCAACUGGAGAACUUGGAUGACAGGCUGUCAAGAACGCGCGCUAUUGUACAGACUCUGCCUCAAGCCAACUUUGACCUACUCAAACGAAUAUCGGAGCACCUAGAUACCGUGACCGACUUUGAGGAACAUAAUCAAAUGACCGCCGAAGCACUGUCGAUUGUUUUCAGCCCGAACCUCCUCAGGGCCCCUCUGAACGAUUUUGUUAUGGCAUUGACGAAUAUGGCCCACACACAUAAGUUUGUGAAAACAUUGAUAACUCACUGUCAUGUUAUUUUUGAUGAUUCAGAAGGAGAGGGUGACGUUGAUCAAGAUGACGACCUGGAAACCCCAAUUGCCGAGGAGGACGAAGGCGAUGAUGACACGUUCUCGAUCCCCGUCACCGAAACUGAAUCACCGCAAUACCACUCAGAUCUUGGGCGUAACAACCACGCCGUCGCUCAAUGAUACCUUCGCUUACCCGAUCCUCCAUUCAGAACACUCUUGCAUUACAUCUGUGGACUAGUGUCAAACUCGAUGUCGCUCUCUUACGGGAUUUUAGACUAUGAUACAUUAAUCUUCCCCUACUUUCAUGAUUUCAUGCAAUGUUUUAUUAGUUCACCUUAUGUCAAAACUAUGCCAUUUGCGGGGUCCAUCAGAUCCAAUCACACUCUGCAGUCUUGUAAAUUACGUUACCACACUACGCAUAAAUUAUUCGAGUACACGGUUCAACUUGAAAGUGUAUAUAGAAGUCGGAUGGAUUUUCUGAUACGGUGC